AAAAUUUCUGACAAUUUGUGAUGGAGUGCGCGGCAUUCAGUUGAUACGUUUUUUUUAUUAAAAUUUAGAUAUAUUGUAGAUAAAAAAAUACAUAUGAUACAAAUGUAUAUAAUAAGUUACAUAAAAUUAAUAUCCGUCAGUAUACCAUCUAAAGAGUCACUGUGCGCCGAUUUGUAAAAUAUGACAGUUGUUUUGAUCUAGUGAGGUUAUAUUUCAAUGUUGUAAAAAAUAUUAUAGUGAAUGUUUUUAUAAUGGAUUCAGCACCAGCACAAGAAGUUACUGAACUGCUCAGACAGUGGGAAGAGCAACAUGCAACUCCUAACUAUGACCCCAUACCAACACUCACCAGGAUAGCAGAGAUUAUAGAAGCGGAAACAGAGAAUUUUAUGAAGAAAGAUCCUGACCCAUUUGAUGAGCGUCCACCGUCCCGUACAGAUCCGGAGUGCGCGCUGGGCCAGGCGCUUAAAGUUAUGUUUAAGAAAGAUAAUUUUAUGACAAAGCUAGUAAAUGAUUAUGUCCGAGACACGUAUUACUCGAGGCAGAACAUCACGGGCCGGGACGUGUACAAACUGAAUGUAGCCGCAUGUCGACUUACACUUGAUCUGAUGCCGGGAUUAGAAAUGAGUGUUGUAUUUCAGGACAAUGAAGCGUUAAUACAGCGGCUAGUGAGUUGGGCGACCAAGUCUCCGGAGCCGCUGCAGUGUUAUGCUACCGGCCUUGUCGCAGCCGCUAUGGAAGUGCAGGAAAUUGCUACUAAUUUUAGGGAUUUAAAUGCAAUGCUAGUACCACUAAUGCUAAGGAGGCUACACGAAUUAAGAAAUAAGACGCAAGAGGAUAAGCAGACGAAUCAAAAUGCGGUGACACCGCCGAACCAGACACGUCACUUCGCCAGGUUCGACAAGAAGAGGAAUAAUGAUAUCAAAAGCAAUGGACCAAUCGUCGAUAAAAAAGAUCGAGAGAAAGAUGACGGAGGAGGGAGUGAAAUGCUGAUUGAUGAGACACCUCCACAAGCCAGCAAAGAUCCUGAAACACCUAUUAAAAAUUAUAUUUGUAACAUACAAAUUCAUCCGCCGACGGACGCGACCAAACAAAUGUUGAUACUGCGAUACCUCACACCAAUGGGGGAGUACCAAGAGUCAGCCUCUCUGGAUACUUGA